GUAACUUAACAGACACGUGUUAGGUCAGCAACGAAGACUUGUCUCGUCUUUGACCCACAAUCAAGUGACAAUUUUCCCAAAAGCCCAUAAACAACCUCCAUGCCUACACAGCCGAGGUCAGAUGUUUCAGGAUGUCUCGCCUACUUGCCAGAAGCGACGACGCCCGAUGACGGCGCAUCGAAAAAAGCAAUCUGGGAAGCCCUAGGCUUUGAGUCCCAAUGCUUUCCUAUCAGAGACUCUGUCACUUUUUGGGAAUCAGACAUGAUGAAUGGAUGACAUUUCUUUCCUUAAACAAUGUUAUGUCCUCUCGCCGGUACAUCAUAAAGUUCAUAACGUGUAAGGUUGCUAUGAUAUGGUGUAUACUUCCCACAGUGUUCGCCCCGCUGUGUCCUUCUUUCGGUCAUUCAGAUUAGACACCCCCGCCGCGGAUAUCCUGAAUCCACAUUUUUGCAAAAUUCGAGUGCCUCGCUCUGCAUAUCCAGAUGCAAACACUCACGUAGGUGCUCGGCAUAGGCCAUCUACUCGCUUUAUAAGAGGUUCUCUUCAUCUACACUGCAAACGCAUUCACCUCUGACGACAAUGGGGUUCAAUAAAGCCGUACACGAUGUCCUGAUUGUUGGCGCUGGGCCUGCAGGGCUUACAGCGGCUGUUAUGCUCAAUAGAAUGGGGAUCAAGCCUCUGCUCAUUGAUGCUGGGACAUAUGUGGACCAUGAGUGGGGUCGAGCUGAAGUUCUUCAUUCGAGAAUAUUGGAAGUCUUCGAAAGUCUUGGCGAGCCGUACCACCACGUCAUGGCGAUGUCACGCGCCAUGAACUCGCAGACUAUCUGGAAGUUGGAGGACGGAGUCGCGAAGCGCACUCUUAUCGCGCCGUCUUACUCCGGCGCCAUAGACUUUAAUGUGCCGCAUCCACGCAACUUACACCAGGGUCUCGUCGAGGAACUCCUGCUGCGCGACGCCGAGAGUCACAAUGCCGACUUCCGCGUACAUUGGCAGUGGAAAUUUGUGGAUAUGGACUCUCAAAGUGCCGGCAAACCAUGCAAAGUGACCUUACAGCAUCUAGGAACGAACGAAAUCAAGGUCGUCCUUGCUAGAUAUGUCCUUGGGGCAGACGGUGCAAGGUCCGCCGUCAGGGGGUGGGCUGCGAAGUUCGGUGUCAGCAUGGAGACGCAGCCGACCACUGACAGGUACUGUAUUCAAGAUCUGACCGGCAUUACUUCAGAUUUUCCAGAUCUCGAGCGCUUCUCGCUGAUCGUAUCUGAGAAGGGUCUCGUGAUCAACAUUCCUCGAGAACCUCUUGCGGGCAAGAGAGCUACUCGCCUUGUAAUGCAGCCCACCGAAGAUCUCCAUGGACUAUCCAAUGUGGAGAUGUCUCAACUCCUCAAGAGCAUGUUCGCCCCUUUCAGACUUGAUUGGGACGAGAUUGUUUGGGAGUCUAGCUUCACCGUCACGCAAAGACUUAUCAACGAGUAUAUGGUGGACGACAAAGUCAUCUUCUUGGGCGACGCUUGCCACACCCAUAGCCCCAGAGGUGGAUUGGGUAUGAAUACAUCCAUGCUCGAGGGACACAAUCUGGGAUGGAAGCUUGCACUUGUGCUCAAAGGUAUUGCAAGGCCUGAGAUCCUGUCGACGUAUGGCGCCGAGCGGCAUCCAGUGGCCUACAAUCUGAUCAUGGUAGAUCGUCAACUUGUGCAAGCUGCCAGCAAACUUUAUCAGAAGGAUGCAAAGAAAGAUGGCGAUCAUGCCGUCGACGGUGCAGACCUGAGGAAUGUUCAUGAUAUCAACAGCGGGUAUCAAUCCGGCUCCUCGAUCGUAUACCCCCCAAACUUGCUCGUUAUGCCUCCCAACAACAUAGCAGAAGUAUUCGAGGCGAAUAAACCUAGCGCACCUGUCGGAGGGCGCACUCGUCCCGCGCUCAUAAGGCGUGUAUCGGACGGUUCCAUCGUAUCUGUUCACCCUCGCUUCGAUGGCCGCUUCACGAUUUUCUUCCUAGUCGGCGACCUCCGUCACACAGGAACAGUGGAUUCUCUGCUCUCCCUCGACACCUACAUCACCUCUUCUGGGUCCAUCUUUACUCGUUAUGGGGAGAAUGUGCGCCUGGAAGAUACACCCAUCCAUUUGCGCACUCCCCACGCGGAAUGGAUCAGGGAGGGGGACUCGACGCCAGAUGGUCGCAAGUUCUUCAAAUACGAAGAUGACGACCUCCCACAGAUCGAUGGCGGCUACGGCACGCGUUCUCAUUCACUCUUUCGGUCGAUGGUGAUCACUACUACGAAGGAUGCGGAGGUUUUCCAGCUCGAUUCUUUCAUGGCCAGGGUCUCGCCGCUCGGCCAGUCGAAGUCUCGCUUGUUGCACCCCUCACGUUUAUUCUCUGAUGAUUGUGUUUCUCUGUCGCCGUUUAAGGAGGCACUCUUGAGGCAUCCUGUGCACGAGAAAUGGGGGGUUGAUCAAGGGGUCGGAGCCACUGUCGUCGUGCGUCCCGAUGGUCAUGUUGGAAUGCGAGCAGAUGGCUAUGGGAUUGGGGCCUGGAAGGAAGUGGAAAGAUACUUUUCAGGAUUCCUUCUGUGAGAGCAGAGGAACUUUCAUAUCACGUUGAUCAUACUUCCAAUUGCACUUUGCCUGUUUGGCCCUGCUUGGCCGCACUCGCGCUGUAAUUAUGACAGGGAUAAGCCAAUCAUGAGCUCCGAUGAAUUGUGCCCU